AUGGUGCCCUCCACCCCCGGUUUUUGCAUCACACUCAAGAAUGGCGAGCAAGUAAAAGUCAACGAUCAUGUCUACUGCUCCCCCAGUUGGGCCGUGCGGGACGGCACCCCCUACUCGGUGGCCCGUAUCAUGGAAUUUCUCCCAGCGCAGGGAGUUCCCACACUCGACAACGACGGAAAUCGCAGCGAGCCGCUGACCCGCGUCCGCCUUGCCUGGUAUUAUCGCCCCGGCGACGUGAGCGACCGCCCCACGGCCGACUGCCGCCUUCUGCUGGCGGCCAUAUAUUCCGAAGUAUGCGACAUUGGCCAAGUCCGCUCAAAAUGCUAUGUCAUCCACCGGGACAAGAUUUCGGACCUCGCAGGCUGGAAGAAACGGCCCGACAGAUUUUAUUUCACUCGUCUGUUCGACCCGUGGAUCCGUAAGGAAUACGAGGUCAUCCCGGCGACGACUGUGCGGAAUCUGCCUGCUCACAUCAGAGACAUCCUGAUCCAGCGCUACGAAUAUGUCGUGGCAGAGAAGGAAGUCGUGCCCGACCUCACUGAUAUGCUUCGCCACUGCGAGACGUGCGCAAAGUGGUGCCCACCACUCGACACCGUGCAGUGCGACCGGUGCAAGAAAUUCUUCCACAUGGGGUGCGUCAAUCCGCCGCUGCUGGCGAAGCCCAGCAGAGGAUACGGCUGGACGUGCGCACCGUGCUCGCGGAGGCACGAGGAAGAAGUCGAUGGCCACGAGGGCGUCCGCCAACUGACUCCCGUGGUAGCGCCGAAGCCGGUCAAGACAAAUGCUCCCGCGGCCCGGGGCCGGGGGCGGCCGCGCAAGGACCGCCUACAAGCAGAGAAGGAGGAGAAUAUGGAGAUCAAGCAUUUCAAAAUGUGGCCGUUCAGAUACUUUGGACAAUAUACCGUCGCCGAAGACACGCUCGACCCCGACGACUUCAUCUUCCCACGCGCUGCGACCCGCGUGGGUCCGAAGUACCAGGCAGUCGUUCCUCUCGCACCAGGCCUCGACAUCCCACAUGUACAUCCAGAUCUGGAGGAAAGAGGCGGAGAUUCGACAGUUGAAGUGUUUGGUCUUGUCGGAGAAAUGAGUUCCACCGAAGUGACAUUCAUGGACACAUGCAAGAAUACUCUCACCAAAACCGAAGCGCUCAAAUGCAGCGUGGACUGGCUCACAGAGACCAUACGCCGCUUCUCAGAGGCCUGGGCGGCUGGCCGCGAUCUCGCCACUGUCAGCAUGAAGAGCCCAACACGGCUUGAGAAGUGGAAGAAAUCGGAGACUCGAUAUCUCGAUAAGGAAUGGACCAACGGGGAGAUAGCCGCUUUCGAAGAUGCUAUCGCCGCGCAUGGUGCGGAGCUGCGUCCAGUCCGAGAAGAGGUUGGCACCAGAUCCAUGCCAGAAGUCGUGCGCUUCUAUGGUCACUGGAAGAGCUCCAAGCUUGGCGAAGAGAACGCCAGGAUCAAGGCCGCCCGUCUCAGCGGCCUGAACGACACUGCACCGUCUGCGUCCCGCGCUGUGAGUCCCGACGACGAGGGCUCGAUCGUGCGCGGCCCGUCUCGUCCCAACAUCAGCUGCGCCUGCUGCCGCACACGCGAGUCGGAGGUCUGGUGGAAGGCACCAAAGGGUCUGCAGACGAACGUACUCUGUGACAACUGUGGCCAGAGCUGGCGCAAGUACGGCGAUCUGAACGUACGCCCGAUGCGCGAGGAAGUGAUGACAAAGGUCAUCGGUAAACCAGGGGACAAGCGCGAGGGGACGCCAUUGAAUGGCCCGUCGAUAAAGCGUGCCAAGACAGAGUCCUCGGUACAGUCGACGCCACCACCUACCGGGCCGGCACCCGCCGCGCCCCAGUUGCGCUGCCUUGCUUGCCAGAAGCAAGGCCCGCCUGCCAAGGUGCUGAAGUGCAGACAAUGUCAGUUUCGCGUGCAUGCAGGUUCAUGCGGCGUCAUUGUCGAUGCUGCGACGGUGGAAUCGUGGGUCUGUGAACUUUGUGCGAAUGAGAAGACAUUGGAGGCAUCCCUGGUGAAGCACAGCAGACGAGAGACGACCACUGCGAUAGACUUCCUGGAUGCCACGGGAUGCAUGUCUCCGGUCGUGAUCUGCAAAGGUCAUAUCGGUCACCGGCGGGAGCUGUUUGAUAUUUGUGAGACGAAUGAGUUGGGAGAGACCGCGCUGCAGGUUUACUGCAGGAAUUACAAGCAGGUAGCCACUGCGCAGACACACGGUCUGCUCCGAAAGGCGCGACGGCUCGACAACAUCCUCAACGCCAGCGUCGACAGCAUCUCGACGCCUGACGAGGAUCUUGCGUUCUCCAGCGGCCCCCAAUGUUACCAAUGCCACAGCGAGUUCUCUCCCUUCUUCCACCCCGCUCCUGCGCCGCAGACCAACGGCGUAUCUUCCUCAUCACACAUCGGAACGCGGACUUGGCUCUGCCAUAGAUGCUACACUGAAGUCAACGAGAGCCGCCUCACUACUAGAACCGCACAUAAACCAUUACAUGUACUAUUGUCAUAG